GGGACACGUCAAUAGGAUAUUUCACUUCAACAAAUCGCUCGCAGUAACAAAUGUGAUGAAACCCUGUACAUUUCCGUAAUAUUGUGUUUAUCAAAUAAUUUUGUUUUUAAAAUUGUGUUCAACGAAGUCUUUGCAAAAUGAAGUUGCUGUCAAGUUUAUUGUUUGUGCUGAUGAUACUCCACUGUUCCUAUGCACCACCUGUGACUCCAGAUAAGUCCAACGAGCAGGACAGCGAAGUCAAGGAUGACCUGGAGGAAUACAUGGAAUACCACAGGUACCUAAAGGAAGUUGUCCAAGCUCUGGAGAGUGAUCCUGACUUCAGGGAGCGAUUGGAAAAGGCUAACGAAGACGAUGUUCGGUCUGGAAAGAUAGCUGAACAGCUGGACUUUGUUAAUCACAAUGUAAGGACAAAAUUGGACGAAAUCAAACGACGCGAGUUGGACAGACUACGUCAUUUGGCUACUAAGCAAUUCGAAUUGACGAAUAAUUUAGAACAACACCCAGGACAGGUCGCUACAAACGAACAUUUAGAUCAUAAUAACCCACACACAUUUGAGAUUGAGGAUUUGAAAAAACUUAUUAAGAAGACUACUGCUGACUUAGAAGCUGCUGACAAAAAACGGAAAGAAGAAUUUAAGGAAUAUGAAAUGCAAAAGAAGUUUGAGGAACACCAGAAAGUAGAGGGCAUGGAGGAGGCUCAGAAGAAGGAGUACUUGGAGAAAGCUAAGCAAGAGGAAGAGGCCAUCAAACACCACAAGCCGCUACAUCACCCCGUGACAAAGGAUCACUUGUUAGAGAUAUGGAAAAACGCUGACAAAAUGGAUUCGAAAGAUUUCAAUGAAAAGGUGUUUUUCAUGAUGCAUGAUGUUGAUGGCAAUGGCGUUUGGGACGCUGACGAGGUGAAGGCUCUGUUCAUCAAGGAGCUAGACAAGUUGUAUGGCCCCGGAGGACCGAACAAGGACUUGCAUGAGAGGGCUGAGGAAAUGGAGAGGAUGCGCGAACACGUCUUCAAAGAAAACGACAAGAACCGUGACGGUUUGAUCGACUUCAACGAGUUUAUGACUGAGACGCAGAAGGCUGAGUUCAACCAGGACGAAGGGUGGAAGACUCUGGAGGAGAAUCAAGUUUACACUCAGGCCGAGUACGAAGAGUACGAGAGGAGGAGGAUGGAUGAAAUGAGGUACCUGCAGCAGCGUGGCUUGGUUGAUGCCCAUGGCCAACCGAUCCCCGGCGCUCAGCAUCAGAUUCACCAGGCGCUCCAACAAUACCGGGCUUACCAACACCAACAGGCUUACCAACAACAAGUAGCACACCAGCAACAGUUCCAAGGCCAACAGCAGUACUACCCGCCCGGACCUCAAGGUCAAAUGCCUCCAGGACAGGUGCCUCCCUACCAACAACAUCCCUCGCAAUACCAACAAGGACAACCGCAGUACCAACAAGGACAGGGACAAUACCAACAACCACCUCAAGGCCAAUACCAACAAGUACCUCAGGGCCAAUAUCAACAAGCCCCCCAGGGACAGUACCAACAGCCACCCCAAGGACAAUACCAACAGCCACCCCAAGGACAAUACCAACAACCACCACAGGGCCAGUACCAACAACCACCUCCAGCUCAAUACCAAGGCCAGCAGCCGCAGGGACAACAAGCUCCCGUAGCACAAGGACAAGCGCCGCCACAGGCUAACGUGAAUCAAGCUCAAGCGCCGUCUGCUCAACCUGUUCAGACUCAAGGACAGGCGCAGCCCAGCCAAGGCCAGGCCCAGCAGGUGCCCGUGCAAGCUCAACCUCCGGUCCCUGCACAGGCCACCCACCAAGUUCCCCAACAAGUACCCCCGCAAGGACAAGCCCCACCAGUACCAGCACAAAACGUAGGAGCUAAUCAUUAGAUAAUAAUAUAAUGCGUACAUGUUAUUAAUGUGAUUUUUUUUAUCUCAAUUGAGA